AUGGUCACGCGCAUGCGCUCCCCCCGGCGCCCUUCCGGGUUCGGGCGUCUGCGCAUGCCCAGGCUCGCCACAGCCAAAGCAAACUGUUUGGGCAAAGACCGAGAGGACGGAGUCGCCCGCGGGCUCCCUCGGCCGAAGAGUCCGAAAAAGCCCGGCGCCCUGGACCUCUCAGUCAUAUUACAUCUCCAUGUGGAAGCACUGGGGCUACAGCGCAUGCGCGUUUCGCCCAAGCCGGUUCCAGGGCUUCAGUUUCUGCGCCUGCGCGGCGUAGAGCGUUCGCCAGGCGAAGAUCGGCGCCUGCGCUCCCGCCUUCUGAAACAUGCUUUUCCCUUUCUUCAGCCCUUCCACAGCACUCCUGCCCUCGAAAGGGAAUGUGAUGAUGAUCUGACGGACAGCGAAGAAAGCAUCUUCUCUGGUCUGGAGGAUUCUGGGAGUGACAGCCUCACAGACGAGGAGGAGGACAAAGAGGAUGAUGAAGGGACAGAGGAUGACAGCCAUGACAGUGGAGUGGAGGAGAAGUCCAAAGGCCAGUUGCUGUCAGAAGAUACACACGCUGGAGAAACUUCUGGAAAGAAAUCACGGCCGUGCGGUGAGACUCAGGAGCCAGAAGUCAAGGAACAGGAGCUCUCCUUGGAGAACGAGUAUGCAGAAGAUAGCUCUGAUGAAGAGGACAUCCGCAACACCGUGGGCAACAUUCCCAUGGAAUGGUACCAAGACUUCCCGCACAUCGGCUACGACCUGGAUGGCCGGAAGAUCUUCAAGCCCCUUCGCACCAAGGAUGAGCUGGACAAGUUCUUGGAAAAGAUGGAGAACCCGGAUUACUGGCGGACCAUCCACGACCGAAAGACGGGCAUGGACGUGAAGCUGACCGACGAACAGGUGGCGCUGGUCCACCGUCUCCAGCAGGGCCAGUUUGGGGACGUCCGGUUCGAUCCGUACGAGCCUGCCGUGGACUUCUUCAGCAGCCAGGUGAGGAUCCACCCCGUGACCAACCGGCCAGCCGACAAGCGCAGCUUCAUCCCGUCCCUCGUGGAGAAGGAGAAGGUCUCCCGGCUGGUCCACGCCAUCAAGAUGGGCUGGAUCAAGCCACGCAAGCCCAAGGAGGACACGCCGACCUUCUAUGACCUGUGGGCUCAGGAAGACCCGAACUCCAUCCUGGGGCGCCACAAGAUGCACGUGCCCGCCCCCAAGCUCCCCCUGCCUGGACACGAGGAGUCCUACAACCCCCCACCCGAGUAUCUUCCCACGGAGGAGGAGAGACUGGCCUGGGAACUGCAGGAGCCCUCUGAGCGGAAGCUGAACUUCCUGCCGCAGCGCCACGAGUGCCUCCGGCGGGUGCCCGCUUACUCCCGCUUCAUCCACGAGCGCUUUGAGCGCUGCCUCGACCUCUACCUGUGCCCACGCCAGAGGAAGAUGCGGGUCAACGUGGAUCCUGAGGACUUGAUCCCGAAGCUGCCGAAGCCACGAGACCUGCAGCCCUUCCCCACCGUCCAGGCCUUGAUCUACCGUGGCCACACCAGCCUUGUGCGCUGCCUCAGCGUCUCCCCCAGUGGUCAGUGGCUGGCAUCAGGCUCCGACGACGGCACGGUGAAGUUCUGGGAGGUUUGCACGGCCCGCUGCGUGAAGACGCUCCCUGUGCCCGGCGCAGUGAAGAGCGUGGCCUGGAACCCCAACCCGGCUGUUUGCCUCGUGGCCAUCGCUGUAGAGCACUCGGUGCUGUUGGCGAACCCAGCCCUCGGGGACAAGCUGCUGUAUGGAGCCACCGACCAGCUUCUCGAGGGCUACGUGGCCCCUGAGGAGGAACGGCCCCAGCCGGUCACCUGGGAGGAAGCGGCGGGAGAGGAGCGUGCCCGGGGCAUCCGGCUCAUCAUCAGGCAUGGGAAGCCCUUGAAGCAGGUGACGUGGCACGGGAAAGGGGACUAUUUUGCCACGGUCGUGUCGGACAACAGCCACCUGCAGGUGCUGAUCCACCAGGCCAGCAAGCGGUGGAGCCAGGCGCCCUUCCGCCGCAGCAAGGGCCAGGUCCAGCGCGUGCUCUUCCACCCGCUGCGGCCCUUUUUCUUUGUGGCCACGCAGCGCUUUGUCCGCGUCUACAACCUCCUCAAGCAGGAGCUCACCAAGAAGCUGCUCAGCAACUGCAAGUGGGUCUCCAGCAUCGCCCUCCACCCGGGAGGCGACAACCUGAUCUGCGGCAGCUACGACAGCAAACUGGCCUGGUUCGAUCUGGACCUGUCGACGAAGCCUUACCGGGUGCUGAGGCACCACAAAGCAGCACUGAGGGCCGUGGCUUUUCACCCCCACUACCCGCUCUUUGCCUCCGGCUCAGAUGACGGCAGCGUCAUCAUCUGCCACGGCACAGUCUACAGCGACCUGCUCCAAAACCCGCUCAUAGUCCCCGUGAAGGUGCUGAAGGGCCACGCGCUGACCCAGGACCUGGGGGUCCUCGACGUGGUGUUCCAUCCCACCCAGCCCUGGCUCUUCUCUGCGGGGGCCGAUGCCACCGUCCGCCUCUUCACCUAGAGAGGGACCCACCAACGACCCGGCUGGCUCUCCCCCCCCCCCCACGCAAGGCCCAGAGGCACCAGGGCAGGACUCUGGGCAGCCGGCAGCCAAGAGGGAGGGAAGGAGGCAGGAAGCGAACUGGGCAGGCAGACCACCUCUUUCGCCAUGAAACGGCUGGGGAGAGGCCUGCCACAAACCCUUCCCUCCCCUGGACGGACAGUGUGGACAGCAGGCCCAGAGACCUCCAGCAUGGGUGGCGUGGUCGGUCGGCAGAGCCGUCUCAGAGGUCCAGUUGGGGGUGCAUUGUUUUCCGGAUGGGGGCGGGGCGGGAUCCUGACUGUCAAUAAAGAAGAUGCCAAACCGUG